AUGUGUGGCAUUCAUUUCUGCAUUCGCAGGUACUCGUCGAAUUCAUCAGAGUCGCUGCCUCUGGAUCCUGCCGUGGAGCGUCGCCUGCGCAGUCGGGGGCCGGAUCAUCUCGGUAGGGUGGAGGUGCGAUUUGGACUUUGGCAGCUUUUAUUCAAGUCCACGGUCCUCGCGCUCCGCGGAGAUUCCGUCACCGCACAACCGUUUCUAGAUGCGGCCUCUGGCUCCGUGCUGUGCUGGAACGGCGAGGCCUGGCGGAUUCGCGACCGGGUCGUCGAGGGCAACGAUGGCGCGCAAGUGUUUGAUUUGUUGAUGCGAACCUCUGACGCGGGCGCGUCGGCGGACGAAGCCGAGCGAGAAACCCUCGAUGUUCUUCGGUCUAUCGAAGGGCCUUUUUCUUUCAUCUUUUUCUGCUCGCCUACCAAGAAGCUCUACUAUGGGAGGGAUCGCUUGGGCAGGAGAUCUCUUGUUGCAUCUCGUGACGAUGCAUUCAAGCUGUGUAGCAUCGCCGAGUCUCCUUUGGCGUCUUGGCAAGAAGUCGAGGCGGAUGGGAUUUACUGCCUGGACAUGGGCGAGUGCUCGUCUGAGCUCUCCUUUCCCGAGCCCAUGGUACAUGGCUGGACGGGAGGCCAUCGUCAAGAUAUUAUUUCUGGCAUUGGAUGCUUCAACACCGAACUUCCCAAAGAUUUCCAAGCAACUUCGCCGCCAGAGAUGGAUGCAGUGCAGCCAUUACAUGAUUACCUUGCGGAAUCUCUGAGGCUUCGCAUCCUGAACGUACCGAUACCCCCUCGUGUUGGUUCCACGACAGUCCCAGAUACUAGGGUAGCUGUACUGUUCUCUGGCGGCCUUGACUGCACAGUUAUUGCAAGGCUCUGCCAUGAACUUCUCCCAGCCAGCCAGGGCAUUGAUCUGUUGAAUGUGGCCUUCGAGAAUCCUCGGUUAGCAGCUGCACAACGUAAAGUCGACCGUAGUGCGGAAGACUUGCUUGAAGAACUGUAUGAGGCUUGCCCCGACAGGGUCACGGGCAGGAAAUCAUUUGCCGAGCUGCUUCAAGUAUGCCCAGGGCGAGCCUGGCGGUUUGUUGCGAUUAAUGUGCCUUACACAGAGACUACAUCUCACCGAGCUGAGGUCAUCUCACUCAUCCAUCCUCACAACACCGAGAUGGAUCUCUCCAUCGCCUAUGCCCUGUACUUUGCUGCUCGCGGACAAGGUGUAUGCUGCAGUGGCCACUCGAUGACUGACACCACGCCUAACAGCGCACAACAACUCGACUGUUUAACCCCCGCGCGAAUCCUUCUCUCGGGCUUGGGAGCUGACGAAUUAUUCGGUGGCUACACCCGACACUCGACUGCAUUCUCGCGUAUGGGCUAUGCGGGGCUGGUCGAGGAGCUCAAGUUGGAUGUCGCACGACUCGGAAAGCGGAACCUGGGCCGUGACGACAGGGUUAUGUCAAGCUGGGGAAAGGAAGUCCGUUUCCCUUUCCUUGACGAGAGACUUGUGCGGUGGGCCAUUGAUCUACCGGUGUGGCAGAAGUGUGACUUUGGCUUUGACCAGGUUGAUGAAAAUGGUAUCGAGCCCGGUAAACGAGUCUUGAGGCUUCUGUCCGAGCAGCUGGGCCUCAAAAAUGUUGCGAGGGAAAAGAAGCGUGCGAUACAAUUUGGCUCCCGGACUGCAAAGAUGGAGAAUGGCAAGGUCAAAGGGACGACGUUGAUAACGUAA